AAAAGGCAUGUGCGUGCUGAACACUCAGAAAUUAUAAAAGUUUUGCUGCCUCGCUCCUAUUUGCUAGGUUUUAGGACGUCUCUUAAAAUCUCAGUUGUCGUUCAGUCGUAACUCUCACUGACAGACUGUGAAUUUAAACAGUUAAUCUCAGCAGAAGUUACAAAUUUUCUGGAAAAAAAAAUUAUCCACCAAUCAGUGAAUGAAUCUUUAAAAAGAUACUCAGAAAUUAGCUAGAUAUGUCAGACGUUAGCAAAAUUUUCCUGUCGAGGGUCCAGAUCGCAUCAAAAUAUUUACGACAGCAGCAAAAGCAGCAUUCGCCUCACUGGAAUGUCUUUACUUGUGCUCCAGGAAUGAUAUUGAUGAAUGAAGACCGAAUUUAUCUCAUUAAACCCGUGAUAUUUUUAACCGAAUUAAACGCCGUCUCCAGUUCAAGUGAUUGAACUUUAGUGGUUAAAAGUGAACGGUUUCUUGCCAUCCGUACGAUUUUACAUACAUACGUGUAUGGAUCCAUGGAUGUGCGUGUGCGUUUGCGCCUGUGCACGCAUACGUACGCUCACAUAUAUAUCGAGGCUCGAAAGUGAAAGAGAAGUUACUGAUUGCCUAAUUUUAUUCAGCAGAACUAAAUUCUGGUAACUUUUGGAUGACCCCUGCGAGACAAAGACAGGACAGAUCUAUUGUACAUGAUAUUGCCCUCUUCUUUGACGGCUUUUCUGUUCCCGCUUCCUUAUCGGUUUCCUGCCUUUGCAGCCCACUUCAGCUCCUCGCUCGGUGUAUUUCUUUGGCUAUUUUAUUUAAAGCGAGGUAACAAACCCCGGUGGCGGUUGCGGCUGGUGAACCGGACGGCGGGGCACCGUCGUCACCCCGCGGGGCUGGGGGAAGCCAGCUCAGGCAGACAAAAGGCUGGCCCUACCUGCGGGCCGGGGAGGCGGCCACAGCCCGGGGAGUCCCCCUACACCUCCGGUACCUGCUUUGGGGGGUGCGACCCGCCGGAGAGGGGGGUCACUCGGUUACAGGGAUAUUAUCGAGUGAAAUCGGUGGAAACGCUGAGCUGCGGAGAAAUCCGGUGAUCGGCUCCCGCCUCCCCAUUGGCCGGGCCGGUCACAUGCCCGCCUAACUUUAUUCAGUUGACAGCAAGUAGGAGGGCUCUAUGGCAGGGGAAAAAAAGACAACACGAGAAAAAUUAGUAUUUUCUACCUUCAGAAAUUAAUGGCCAUGAGUUCGUAUAUGGUGAACUCUAAGUAUGUGGACCCCAAAUUUCCUCCUUGCGAGGAAUAUUUGCAGAACAGCUACCUAGGCGAGCAGGGGGCCGAGUACUACAGUGCCUCGCAGGGCUCUGAUUUCCAGCACCAGGGACUCUACCCACGGUCAAACUACAGCGAGCAGCCCUUUAGCUGUAGCAAUGCCCAAGGCUCUGCCGUGCAGCCGCGGGGUCACGGACAGGAGCAAUCCGGCCCAGCGAGCCACUUCCCCGGCCAAGCAGAGCAUUGUCCACCGCCUCCAAUGUCCAACUCGCGAGCCUGCAGCCAGCAGCCGGCCCUCAAACCCCCAAACGGGUCAGCAGUUAAGCAGCCAGCAGUAGUUUAUCCCUGGAUGAAGAAAGUCCAUGUUAACUCGGUGAAUCCCAAUUACAACGGAGGGGAACCUAAACGCUCCCGCACAGCUUACACCAGACAGCAAGUCCUAGAACUGGAAAAAGAAUUUCAUUUUAACAGGUACCUGACCAGGCGCCGCCGUAUCGAGAUAGCCCACACUUUGUGUCUCUCUGAGCGCCAGAUCAAGAUCUGGUUUCAGAACAGAAGAAUGAAGUGGAAAAAAGAUCACAAACUGCCCAACACGAAGGGCAGGUCUUCUUCCUCUGGUUCAAACCCCCAUUUACAGACUGGUUCCAAGGACCAUCAGACUGACUUGACAACUUUGUAGAAGAGGUGAAAUUUUCCAUUUCAUCCUUCGCUUCUGACCAGUACUGUACAUAACUGACACUGCCCAAGCAGAACCUGCAUGUAGCAGCUAAGGACUCGAGAAACUGUCAUCUUUCUUUAAGGUACUGUUGUACAAAGGAGACAAAAUGACGCUACUUUGGACUUUAUUUUAUUUGCCUCUGCUAGCACAACCUAAAAAAAAAAAAAAAAAAAAAAAAGGAAAAAAGGGGGGAAAGAAAGAAAGAAAGAAAAAAAACAAACCCAAAACAUCAUGCAGGCAGUGGGAAUUGGGAAAAUAUUAAACGAGACCUUCUGUCCAUAAAAAGUAAUAAAUCAUUGAAAAUGAAACUGUCCUGUGUUUCAGUUUUGAAUUCGAAAGUGAAGGUUUGAUGCUUUAUUCUGGGAUUUUUACUUUUAACUGUCUUUUUAUCCCAUGCAGUUUCGGGAAGAUGCAUUCGGGCAAGUUGAGGGCAGGAAAUUUAUAGCAUAGUCUUUUCUUUGAACAUAAAGACUAGUAAUUGUGAACUUUUUGUGCUGCUUUACCUUGUGUAAUGAAAAUACUUGCUCAUUUCCAUAACGUCUCAGAAGGUGUGCAUAGGAAUUAAGUGAAAACGGGUUAUUUUAUGUACUGAUAGUGUUAGCGUAUUUAUUUAUUUGUUACGUAGAAGAGUGAAGAUAAAAAGAACAAUAGUCAAACCAAAAACGGGGAAGGGGAGCUGAAAUACAGUACUUCUCCUUCCCAGUCUCAUGAACACAUGUAUAAUGUUUACUUGUCGUGAACGUACACAACUUUCUUGUCCCUUUUUUUGAAUUUCCUUCUUUGUGAACAGGAAAAGCGCCCCUGCUCCUUACCAUGUGCCAUCCAGGGCUAACAGGCUUGAAAUCUGUUUCCAAAGUCUGCUCUGCUUAGCGCUGUGCUUUAAAUCAUCGAUACCUCGUUUAAAAAUGGAGGAAAAAAAAAAGGGGGUGGGGGGGGAAGACCACAGAAAAACCAACCCCCACAACAAAAAACUAAAAAGAAAACCCCAGAGCGAAAAAAAUUAAUGCGAAUUCUGAUAUAACCUAAGCCAUUCAAAGCUGAAAGCUAAAUGCAUUCUUUCAAUCAGAUUUUAGAUUUCUUUUCUGCCCAAGAGAGAGAUAGGCUAUGUGGGUUGCUGCUCUGUUUUGGUUUGGGGUUAUUUUGGUCGGUUGGGCUUUUUUUUCUUUUUUUUUCUUUCUUUUUUUUUUUUUUUUUUUUUUUGUGAAGAACAGUGAUUGUUUUUAAGCAAACCACGAGACAUGACUGCAAUGGUUGGAAAUCUCAGCAAGUUGCUUUCGGGGAAAGGGGAAAAGCUCGGAUGGGAGCAGAGCUGGUCUAAUACCCACGGAUUUGUCCCUGGCUGCUGGCUGCUUCGUGCCAAAGUUUUAGUGCGCUGUAACUACCAAACCCAGCCAAACCAGCUCCCUCAGCCACUUACACCUCCGCUCAGGAGAUUUUAAGGCUCAGCCCUUAUCUGCUGUACCCUCAGGGCAGCCUGGGAGAGGGACCA